GAUAUAUUUUGGUCGGAUGCGUGAGAUAUUUACCUUCCUCGUCUCGUCUUUCUUUUCGAUGUUACCAAGGCGACGCUUUCUGCUCCGAUCCUGCUCUAGAUAAUAAAACCACCUGGAGUUUCGCCGUCUCUUUUCUUUUCGGAUUGAAGCCGUCGGCGUCAAUUUCGCCAGGUUGUAUUUGUGUUAUCAUGGGCUUCUUGGUGGAAGAUUUUCCAAAAGAAUUGCUUGUCGAUAUUGUUAAGAGAAUAGAAAGAACUGCCGACAGAAAUUCAAUUUCUCUAGUAUGCAAGCGUCUAUAUGAAAUUGAUCGAGAACAUAGGGAUUUCUUAAAGGUUGGAUCGGGAUUACACCCUGCAACAGAAGCACUAACUGCCCUCUGCUUGCGCUUUGCUAAUAUAAAGACACUAGAAAUUACCUACUUUGGCUGGAUGUCUAACUCGGGCAAACAAUUAGAUAACCAGGGCCUUUUUGUGCUGUGUUCCAAUUGCCCUUUGCUUACAGAACUCACUUUAAGUUUUUGUUCAUUUAUUAAUGAUAGUGGCCUUGCAUACCUAUCCUCUUGCCCAAAGCUUAGAUCCCUCAAGCUAAAUUUUGCUCAAUCAAUCAGUUCUAAUGGCAUUCUCUCACUUGUUGUUGGUUGUAAGAAUCUUUCUGCUCUUCAUCUCAUUCGCUGCAUGAGAGUGACCAGUGUUGAGUGGCUUGCUUAUCUUGGUCAGUUUGGAAAGCUUCAGGAUCUUUCAAUAAAAUAUUGCAAGGGUAUUAGUGAGGACGAUAUGAUAAAACUUGGUCCUGGAUGGAAUAAUCUUAGGCAUUUCGAGUUCGAGAUGGAUGCAUAUUACAGGCACCCAAAAGUUUAUGAUAAUUCAUUGACAGAAAAAUGGGCAAAUCAUCUGAACUGUGAAAAUUUGCGAGAGCUUAUCUUGGUGAACUGCAUUUUGCCUCGAAGCAGAGGGCUUUGUUGUUUGCUAUGGAGAUGUGAAGCACUCAUUAGGCUUAACUUGGAUAUGUGCAUUGGGGUCAAGGACAGUGAUAUGAUUGCAUUAUCUCAGAAGUCAAGGAACCUAAGAAGUAUUUCAAUUCGUAUCCCUUCACGGUAUUUCGUGUCUAUUUACCAAACCAGUUCACUGAGAUUUUCUGAUGAGUCAUUGACAGCAUUGAGUAUUGGAUGUCUGCUGCUAGAAGUGUUCGAACUAUCCUUUUCUGACGGAGAAUUCCCAUCCUUAUCUUGCUUGACACAGAGUGGUAUCCUUACAUUAAUCCAAAGUUGUCCAAUCCGAAUUUUAGUACUCGACUCUACUUGCUUCUUUAAUGACAUUGGGAUGGAAGCCCUUUCUACUGCCCCCUACUUGCAGACACUGAAGCUAGUUAAAUGCCAAGAAGUUACAGAUGAGGGAAUGCAACUUAUUGCAUGCUUUCCUUGCUUAACUACUCUUUCACUCUGCAAAUGUUUAGGCAUUACGGAUGAUGGAUUUAAGCUGCUAAUUGGGUUACACAAGUUGGAUCUUCUGAUAGUAGAGGACUGCCCUCAGAUUUCUGAGGAUGGUGUACAAAGGGCUGCCAGGGUUGUUUCUUACAAGCAGGAUUUGUCUUGGCUUUACUAAGUUAUUUCCAUCAGCAUAAUGUUCUUCUGUAUAGCUAUUCAAUUGUUUGCCUUCCACCUUCCAGAUGUACACUGGCAUAGCUUGUGGUUUUCCAUAAACAGUAAACAUAUUCUUAUCAUAAAGGGUCCAAAUAGCAUAAGGAUAUGUUUAUUUCAGGGAGAAGCAAGUAAAUCAAGACGAUGUGAAGACUGCAAGAAUUUUCUUGUCCUAUUUCAGGAGUGAAUCCAUUGGAGCUACUAUUCCAAGGUUUGAGGUGUAUAUGUGAUUGAUGAUGAAGCGUUUUUUAAGAUUGUCAGAGUAAGAGAUAACAAAGUGAGAAAAGCAAAGUAGUAGAAGGGAGGCGAUCUUGGAAGCAUCCAAUCAAGGUGAGGCCACUAGAAUUGUAUUCCAUAGUCCUUAUACUUUGUCCUCUCUUAUAAAUCAUAGUUUGGUUUGCUUAAGUAGAUAGACAUUGCUUACGUUUGUUUUAGCACAAUUUGAACAGUUUAAUGGAAAGAAGAGUAUAUUUUGAUAUUCUUGGUAAGAAGAAACAUGGAUCAAAUAUUUUCAUGCAAGGUUUGAACUUCUAUAAACUAGGGUUUGUACUGAAUAUUGCUAUCAUUUAAUCAGAAAAACCCAUUUGCCUUUCAUCUUUUUCUUACUUUUUUUGAGGUGCCCUCAUAGUUACGAUGUUGCUAUUUUAUGCCCAAUAUUCCGUUAACAAUAACAGAGAGAAAGGAGCAUGGUUUGAGACUUAUGCUGCAACAUGUGAAGAAAAGGGAUGGGUAUGGGAUGACAAGAGUAAACAGAGUUUGCAUUAAUCGCCAUGACUUCUUCCACUUUCUUGUCCACCUUAUUCUUAUUCUCCAAUGUUGUUGACCUUGUAUCACAAAAAGGCUUCCAAACUGAGGAUUAGGAUUCAAAUUUGCAUCCAAUUUGUUAACCAAUUAGGCAUUAAAGUAGGGGAUUCAUGCAUGAAUUGUGAUUAUUCAUGCAUGAAGAGUGUAUUCUAAAUAUGUGUAUUUUAUCUAUUUAUAUUCAUAUCUAAAAAAAUUAAAGUAUUUAAUUUAUAUUUCCAAUAGCACAGGUUGCAAGUAGAAAUAACUCAAUCUGAAUAUGAUGCCAAUUCAUAAUCAAACUACUGCUCAAAUAGAAACUUGUACAACUCCUUGUGAGUUCCAUGCAUGUUUUAGUCUUCUUUCACUUCUCGUUCUUCCAUUGAAUCACUGAAUGAACAGUGACAUUGCACUGCUUUGCUUACCCACUUUCCUCAUUACUCAUCAAACUAAACCAAUUGACAUCAUCUAGCAGUCUAGAAACCCAAAUUUAUGCACGCAACACUCUCGAUCAGGCAUCCUUUGUGUACCUUCUGCAUUUGUUCUUAAGAGAAGCAGAGGAGGAUGUGUUGUUCUGCCAGUUCCUUUUCCUUUGGUUGAUGAACCAGUUAUUGAUCUGCUUCAGUUGCAACCCGGUCUGUCGCACCAGUGUAACCUUGUCCUCCUCCUGUGGCAUCCAAACCGAACCAAACAUGGUCAAGAUAAACAGUUCAUUCGAGUAGAUCAGGGGAUGAAUACAUACUGUUGGGUAUGGCCAUUUGGAGUGGGAUUGCCACCAUGCUUUGAGAAGACAGGUAGUGCCCCCUGGGAGCCUUCCUGCUCUUCGUUUGCGAAGAAUCUCCUCUCUUAUGUCGGCAAGCUUCUCUUUGUAGCCCUGAAAUUCAAGAAUUUGAUACCCUAGCCCUGAAAUCAAACUACCAAAUCCUUAACGCUUUCAUGGUUGUAGGUUUUGCUUGCAUACUUGCUUGAGUUCUUGCUUCAGCUCCUUCCUGAUGUUCUCCAUGAGAGAACGCUCUCUUUCGUUCGGAAGGCCGAAACCCAUGUCAUCUAAUCCAUCUGAACUUUCAUCAGACCCAUUGAUGUCACCAUCAGUUUGAUCUUCCUCGUCGCCUGACAUGGUUGCCCCAGUGCCUUCGCCAGGCGAGGCACCUAAAGGAAUUGUGUAAAUGUCUAAUAUGCGGAAGAGAAAUUGAGACAAAGGGCAAUGUCAUCACCUGUCAAGACCUGAAGAUUUUGCUCGAGUUCCCAACACGCUAUUACUGCAUCCAUUGCAUGGACACGAACGUGGUGUUGUAGCUGCUCCUUGAAGGUAAACAGCAGCAAUAGAUAUUGUGUCUAUUUUGAAAGAAAGAGAAAAUGAAUCAAUAUAAAUAAUGAUAUUUGAAAGCAUUGACAUAUUUAUGUAAUUGAAUGCUAAGCAUUAAACUAAACUAAAAAAUGAUAUUGUGUCUACAUGAAAGCAUUGACAUAUUUAUGUAGCUGCUCCAUGGAGCGUGAAGUUUGAUGGGCUCCAUGGAAUUAAAUUGUGAGCGUGGGAUUGUGAAGAUCAUGGAACUUAGUGAGAAUCUCAUUGCUUGAGUGCUUGGCUUAUGAUAGUUGGAUUGAGUUGGUGCACCUGAGCUCAGGAAGGAGCUUAGUGGACUAGAGAAAUGGAGCUUGGAUCAAAUGUUGGUUAUGGAGCUUGUAGAGCUAGUUGGUGCACCUGAGCUCAGGGAGGAGCUUAGUGGACUAGAGAAAUGGAGCUUGGAUCAAAUGUUGGUUAUGGAGCUUGUAGAGCUUAUUCCUUCACAGUUAGCUUGGAUCAAGGUAGUGCUGACUCAGAAAACUUAUCAACAUAGAUACAUGGACGGCUCCCCGGGGCUCAAUCCAUAAAAUUUUGGAUUUCUGGGCUCGCCAUGCUUCUUUAUGUCAAUCAUGGUGGAUUUUUCCUUAUGAGCUGUGCGAUGCGUUGCAUGUGGAUGAAUGCUUUGAAUAAUUCAACCCUUGCUUCAUUGACAGCUGGUAAGGCCUUUUGCCAGUAGGUGUCUUGUCCUUGAAAGUGGCUUCUUUUGCGGAAAUUUGAUUUCUUGAGCUGGCAGAUAAGUUCAAGCUCUCUAAUGCUGCUAAGGAUGUGCUUGAUUGCUGUCCACUCGAUGUUGGCCAUAUGAGAGCGUUUGUCGUGUUCUUCUUUGUUGUAGAUACUUGUCCUUCCCGUAUAGCAGGCCAAUUCUUCAUAUUGUUGAAGGAGAUCAUAAGGCCCGCUAGGUGUUGGGACGCCAUCAAAUUGGGUUUGUCCUUGAUCUGCUAAACCUUCAAACAUCACAACUCUCUUGAUAUUUUUAUAUUCCCUUGGACAAUCUCGGGCAAAAUGGCCUUCCUCUCCACAAAGAAAGCACUUACAUUUUUUGUUCCUUAACAGAUGCUUCUUCUUUUCUAUGCGAGCAUGAGACUGAUGAGGCUUGCCUUUAUAAGUAGUGGAUUUUCGAACUCCAUACCUUCUUUUUGAAUCUUGAUAAUAACCGGGUAUAGGUAUUUAGUUGCAAAAUGAUAAAUCUUUUAAUGACCUACUAAAGGCAGCCUUUUUGCAUUCUUCUUCUAAAUAUCUGUAAGCAAAAAUAAUACGGGGGUGUACCCCCAUUGUGUUACCAGGGUACAUAUAUUCAAAAGCAGCUUUUAUUCUUCUUCCAAGGUCCCCUGGAAGUUUUAACCAGAAUUUCUCAGAUAAUUCAGGACCUGUAAAUAGGUGACCUGUCUUUGCAGCAAGGUUCAUAUAUUCAUUCAUGAAAGGUAUAAUAUCCUUAAUUUGAGAACAUGUUAAUCUCUCUAAAUCCCUGUACGCUCUAUCUUGCAUAUCAGUAGAUCUUUGAAAUGGAUCUUCAAGAAUAAAUACUCUUCUAAUUUGAGAGAUUAGAUUUUGCGUUCCAUUUCGUCCAUCAGCUGAUCUUACUAGUUCAGUACAUUCAUUUGGAAAAGUCAUGCGCCAUUGAAUCCAGGUAAGUCUUUCUGCUUCCCCCAAUAAAUUUUCAAUAAAAUCAGCCUUAUCUUGUGUAUCUGUGAAGUUCUGCAUGGCAACCACAUUCUUGGUGAUAGCUUCCCAUCGUAAGAAGGCAUCCUCAAUUUUUCCUAACUGCAUAGGAAGAGUUAAUAUGACUCCUGUCUGUUGCUGUGCCGAUGGUUCCGGCUUUGGCCUUGUUGGAGGGUAGCCAAUUGGAUUCAUAGUUGUAUCAACAGGUGGCCUGUAUUGGGACACAGCCUUCUGAGAAUAUAUUUGUUCUGACAGACGCUGUAACUGUGGAUAUUCUGUAAGAAAUUCGUCUUCUUUUCCGACAGCAAAAAUAUUAUCUUCAGAUAAGCGUUGUAAUUGUGGAUAGUCAGUGCAAAACUCGUUCCCACCAUCUUCCACUGCGAAAGGAUUAAUAAAAUCAUCUGAAGAGAUUUGGGAAUACCUGUUUCCGUAUCUUGCAACAUUAGAUAUUGUAAAUAGUUGAUAUAAUCAUCCUGGAUAUCUAAUGUAUUGACAUAUAGGAAAUGUCUUUGAUCAAGAAAUUCAAUAUACUCUGGUUCUUCAA